AACAAAAUGGCGGAGAGCUGUUUUGAGAUUUGUACAGCACAACCAGGCUAGAAUGGCUACUGCCUCUGGAGGAUUUACAAAGACCGAUACAAAUCAACAUAUCCCUGAUAUCCUGCAAGGCUCUGAACCUGGUGCAGCGCCGAAUCAUGAGCCACUAUUUGAGGUCCCUUCAGAAGAAGAUCAGGACUUAUCAUUUGACUCUGAGAGAGCAUUAAGUCCUGAUGACAACAAAGGAAGGAUUUCUAGUAUCAGUAGUAGCCAUGGUUCAAUAGAAAGCACAGCUGAAGAGACUACUGUCGUAGACUAUACCAUCCAUGAAGAACCUGAUAUCAAGGAUACUACAGAAAUGGUGAAUUCURUGGAUUUACAGGAGAAAUCUGAUAACUAUGAAGAAGCAAGAAAGACAAGAGCUGAGAGUGUGAUACAAAAUCAAAGGGAAAGCUCUGAAGAAGAUGUGAAUGAUCCACAAUGGGUAGAGCACAAGAAGCAUGUGUUUGUGUUCAGUGAUGCUGGAAAACCAAUAUAUUCCAGGUAUGGCAAUGAAGAUAAGCUUGGUACUCUGAUGGGUGUUAUGCAGGCAAUUGUAUCAUUUGUAGAAGACGAUGGAAACCAAAUCAGGUGUAUAAUUGCAGGCAAUCAUAAGAUAGUAUUUUUACUGCGUGGGCAUGUAGUUCUUGUUGCUGUAGCUAAAACUCAUGAGUCUGUCAGUCAGGUACGAUGUUUACCAUUGCCAAGUUCUAUUAGGGAAACUAUCGGCCAAAGUAUGCUACAAUCAAGAGUUGAGGAUAUGGUGUUUGCUAUUCUUGUGGCGAAGAAUCAACUUGUGACGUUAGUGAGACCMAAAAAGUAUAGUCUUCACCCUUCAGAUCUCCAUCUAAUCUUUAAUUUGGUUAACGCGUCGACUUCGUUCCAGACUGCAGAGUCCUGGACACCAAUCUGUCUUCCAAGAUUUGACAAUAGUGGGUAUCUUUAUGCCCAUAUAUCGUAUCUUCAAGACGAAUGCCCAGCAUGUCUUUUACUACUGUCCACUGAUCGAAAUGCKUUCUUUGAAUUGGCUGGUUCCAAACAGAAGAUUUUAGAGAGAUUAAAUAAAUAUAAGUGUUUAGACGCAAUAACAGAAGCCGUUGCUACAAGAAGCUACAAUACAGAAAGAAGAAGAAAGAUUAUUUAUCUUGAAUUCUCAAGUCUUUUGAAUCUUAUUGUUCACAAUGAAAAAACUAUGUUCAAAUAAAGUCAUUAUGAUUUA